AUGCAGUGGCUCCCGAUUGAGAGUAGUGAUGGGGAUGUUAUAGAUUGUGUACCUGUGGACAUCUCAAAUCAACCAGUUGAUCGCCCAUUGAUCAAAAACCAUGAUAUACAGAAAAUGUCACGAAAUUCCUUUAAUACUAAGAAAUCAAUAACGCAAUCUUGGCAAUUAGAUGGGAGUUGCCCAUAUGGAACCAUUGCCGUGAAAAGAACGACGCAAGAAGAAAUUGUUCGUGCUCACUCAAUCAACAACUUCGGGAUCAAUAGCGUUCAGAAAAGCAGUUUUCAAGCAACCUCAAAAUCAGAACUGAAUACUGUCACCACCAGCAAUGGUUUUCGGCAGUAUGCAACUGUCAAAGUAGAUGAAGGAGAAUACUACGGAGCAGUGGCUACUAUGAGCAUUUGGGCCCCAAAUGUUAGACCCGGUGAAUCCAGUGGAUCUCAGGUUUGGGUCGUUGGAGGUUCUGCCUCCGAUUUGAAUGUGAUAGUAGCUGGUUGGCAUGUUUUACCUGAACUGUAUGGCGACAAUAAAACAAGAUUUUACACCUACUGGACAACGGACAGUUUAGGGUCUACUGGAUGCUUCAACUUGCUAUGCACAGGAUUUGUGCAGACGAACAACAAAUUUGCAUUAGGAGCACCUUUUACCCAUCUCUCCAACCUUGAUGGUUUGCAAAGUGAAUUUGAUGUGAUUAUCUAUAAGGGUCACAAAGAUGGUUGGUUUCUGCAAUUGGACGACUUUAUACUUGGUUAUUGGCCAUUUUCGUUAUUUACUAGUCUGAAAAAUAAUCCAGCAUCACGAAUUGAAUGGGGAGGAAUUGUGGUCAACUCACAAAUCGAUGGAAAACAAAGCACAACGACUUAA